AUGUUAAAAAGACGCUCUAAUGCUCUCAUUACUUUGAGUAGAACUAAAUUGUUUCCCAUAACAACCGUUGCCUAUUACCACAGGCGCCUCCUCAACCAACAACGAAGAGCUGUUUCAACGUCACCGAAGAAAGAAAUCAAGAGCCUAGAAGACUUGGCUAAUUUGGAUUCUUUGGAUGGUGUUGAUACUGAACUGAUACGCGAUUUGAUUAAUGAGCAUACUACAAAAUUAAAUAUCAAAAAGGAGUUAGAUAUGCUCAAAAAAUUCUCGCAAGAGGAAGAAUCAGGACAUGAGAUCCCUGUAAAAAGAUUUAUUAGGCCUCUUUGGAUGUUCAUUCUAAUGGGAUCUUCCGUUUAUUUACUGCUUCACUUCUCUUGGUGGAAACUAGAGCAUGAGGAGAGAGAAAGUCAGCUAAAGAAAGAGGUAGAAAUCCUGGAACACCAAUUAAAUGAGUUAAUUGUACAGGAUAAAACCCACAAUACUAGUAGGGGAAAGGGCAGUAAUGAAUCAACACAUAUGAAGCCUUGGUAUAGGAGAUGGUUUUGGUGA